AUGAAAUGGGAUAGGCUCGACGAGGAGCGGAGAGUGCAAAAGAUUGCCAGAACAGUUGGAUCGGAACCGGAUUUCACCACACUUUUUUGGGAAAAGUAAGACCUCUUCAUUUCGCAACCAUGAGUUUGGCAGCCCCUUGAAGCUGGAGAAUCUCUUUCCAAAAAGUAAGACAAGAUUCUGUGCUUCAAAAAGUUGGGGUCUCGCGUUGCCGAGCCCAGCAAAAAACCUUCAAAUUGCGAAACACGUGAAAACUUAAAAAAAAGGAAUAGAAUUUAUUGAUGGUCCCCACUGGCCGGUCACAAGGCCGUUUGGCCACAAGUGGGCGUCUCUUUUUCUCUCUCUCUCUCUCUCUCUUUCCCUUUUUCCUUCCGCAUUUCGCGUUGGUCAGUGUCACAUGCCGCUUUGAGAGCAAGAAAAAGAGAAAAAGCGAAAAAAAAGAAGAAGAUAGAGGAGGCGAAUGUUUUGUGCGAUUUCACGUGCACAAUUGACGUGUUAAAGUGCUGGGGACCUUCUUGGGGAUUUUGGCAAGACCCUAUGACCUUAUACCCCCUGAAAUUGGGCUCAUUUUUACUACGAAAAUUGCCUCCGAUUGUGGCCACCCGCUGCCGCAAAUUUCUGCCAAUUUUGGCUGGAAAUUGGCUGAAAUUCCGGCGUUACUGUGGGUCUGAGUAGUGAGAAAAAGACGGCGACUCCGCUAUAUGGAUCGACGCAGAAUUUCAGCGAAAUCAAAAGAACCUUUUGGGCAAUGGUCUGAAAAUCACUUUAGAGGCCGCUAGAAGCUAAAAACCGACCGAAACUCGAACUGCAUUUGAGUGUCAUGGAAUCUAUGACCCAUAACUCGAAGGGGAGUUUUUCUAGACAGUCAUCGUCAACUACAAAGUUGAUCAGCAUAAAAUUCGCUUCAACUUUGCAGUUGGCAACCUCUCUCUACAAGUUUUCUUUCUUGAGAUACAGGGCGUUGAAAAUAGUUGUGCAAAAACGUGCUGUAUCUCCAGAACCAAUGAAAGUGCCGAUAACUUGUCAACUAAAGAAACAUUGUUAAAGACAUUGCGGACAGUUCUUCAGUUGACAACUUUCUUGUAAAUUUGCUCGUUUUCGUAAUACGACCCACUUUUUAUCAACAUCUUGUAUCUCAAGAGCGAAAAAUGGAAGAGAGAAGUGAUCAAAGAAAGGGUCAAAGAAUGCAUAGCACUGGUUUUCAGUGAUGUUUCCAAGUGUCCUUCUCUGGUUGCCAAACGUCUAUUUUUCACUAAAAACUAGUUGCGAAACCGUCCUUCUCGAGCAGAGGGAGAAAGUGCGGAAAAAUGAGGAACCGCAGAGAAAGAGGGACAAAAAAAGAGAGUACGGACAGAGGAGGGUGCAGAGAAAUGAUCUCACUUUCAGAAAAAAAGUUCAUACCUGCAAAUUUCCAGAUACGGAAUCAUUUUGCUGUCUGUGAAGAGGACGAGUUGGAGCGGUUGGAUGCGUCUGCAAAUUAUAUAUAUUUUUCAAGGGAACAGAAGGGCCAGGUAAAAGAGAAGUGAGGAGUUUGGGUCCAUAAAGAAUCCGAAUCUUUUAGGAGCACAUUUGCGCUGGCUGAUGAACAAAAGCAGUGA